CCCUCUCUUUACUAAAUUUUCUGAUCGGCAUACUUGAAGCAACCGUGUUUUUUCCUCAAACUACUAAAUCUAUGGCUGCGAUAGAAAACGAUACUGUUCAACCUCAUUCCGAUAUUGUUUCCGGUUCUGAUCUGUUCAUCUCUUUGCUUACCAAUGUUCUUCCAAGUUUUUCUGAUCUGUCUCAACACCAACUUGAUGAACUCCGCCGGGAAUUUUCCGGUUUAUUACCUGCACAUCGUCGUUUCGUCCUUAAUGCCCUUCGUGAUCCAGAACUAACUCGUUUUCGCUUCCUCAGUGACAUUGGGGGUCAUCCAGAUCCUCACGAAGUAGUCUCUGAUCUGCUUGCGUAUGAAUAUGCUAAACUCGAAGCCAUGGAGAAAGAGCUUUUCGGCGACUGUGUUCCCCUUUUACCCGAUCCUUCUGGUUAUGACUUUGGUACUUCUGCACAUCCAUUGAAAGGCAACCCUGUUCACCUUUUACCCUAUCCUUUUGGUUAUGACUUUGGUACUUGUGCACCUCCAUAUCCAUUGAAGGGCAACCCUGUUCACCUUUUACCCGAUCCUUCUAGUUGUGACUUUGGUACUUAUGCGCCUCCAUAUCCAUUGAAGGGCAACCCUGUUCACCUUUUACCCGAUCCUUCUGGUUAUGACUUUGGUACUUAUGCACAUCCAUUGAAAGACAACGGAGGUCUGAUAAGGGAUAUAGGGGGAAACUGGAAGUUUGCAAGGGAUCAUCAAACAUGGUGUAAGGCAUUAAUUGCAAUCGAUACUGGCGUAAUCAUUGCUUUGAUUUCCAAGUCUAUAGGCACCAACCCGAAAUCACUUCCAACCGAAAUUAUUGAAUCAUUUGCUGCAUGUUGUGCUGUUGUUGGCUUCUCCACUAGCUUAACUGGGCUGUACAUAAGCACCAAUAAACCAAAGCUGUUACCAUUUGGUUGUGACCCUGAUGUUUUGACCCACAAGAUGGGAAUUGUGGCGGGACUUGCCACAGCCUUUGGGUUCACAGCAGGCGUGCUCUUGCUCUUGCCAAACAACUUAUUCCGAGGGAUAACAAUGGCGGUGGCUUGUCUAGCGGUCACAAUCCCAAUCUUCAUCAAAUUUCGGACAUCUUAUGGCAAAGCUGCAAAUGAUCGACUUCAGAGUGAAGGUGCAGAUAUUCAUUCAUCUGGAGAAUCUGCAAACGAUCCACUUCCAAGACAAUUUGGAGAAUCUGCAAACGAUCCACUUCCAAGACAAUUUGGAGAAGCUGCAAACGAUACAUUUCUAAAGGAAGGUGCAGAUGUUCCAUUUGGGGAAGCUGCAAACAAUCCGUAUACCAUGCAAGGUGCAGAGAUGGUCUAAAUGUUUAGAACCAUCGUAAAUAAGUAAUAGCAUCUUACUAUCUUCUCAAGAUUAGAAAGGCAUGCUGAUUUACUUUGUGAGAAACCUAUCAGCAUCAAUUUGGGUUUGAAUAUUUAAUCAUGAUUUCAAUUUGGUUCUUGGUGUAUAUGAUUUAUCAUUUUCUUC